GUGUUGUUCUUAAGGAGGAAGAUGAAAGCCCGUGCUCCCCCGCCUCCUGGAAAGCCCACUGCUCUGAACCUCCGCAGUGAACAGAAGCCUCCCUGCGAUGCAGCCCUUGGCCCACAGGAGAACUGGGUCCACAUGAAGGAGGCGCUGAGGGACAGCACUGUGGAUGUCACCGUGGUCCUGCCCAGCGGGCUGGAGAAGAGGAGCGUGCUCAAUGGGAGCCAUGCAAUGAUGGACCUACUGGUUGAACUUUGCCUUCAGAACCACCUGAAUCCAUCCCACCAUGCCCUUGAAAUCCGGUCUUCAGAAACCCAACAGCCUUUGAGUUUUAAGCCAAAUACUUUAGUUGGGACCCUGAAUGUGCACACCGUGUUUCUGAAAGAAAAAGUUCCCGAAGAGAAGGUUAAACCUGGCCCACCUAAGGUGCCUGAGAAAUCUGUGCGUUUGGUAGUAAAUUACCUGCGGACGCAAAAAGCUGUCGUACGUGUGAGCCCAGAGGUACCUCUCCGGAAUAUUCUCCCGGUCAUUUGCACGAAGUGUGAGGUCAGCCCAGAGCACGUGGUCCUCCUCAGGGACAACAUUGCCGGGGAGGAGCUGGAGCUGUCUAAGUCCCUGAACGAGCUGGGCAUCAAGGAGCUCUACGCGUGGGACAACAGAAGGGAAACCUUUAGAAAAUCAUCCCUUGGCAAUGAUGAGACAGAUAAAGAGAAGAAAAGAUUUCUGGGAUUUUUCAAAGUUAAUAGAAGAAGCAGUAGUAAGGCCGAGCAGCUCGAGCUGUCAGGCGCAGACAGCGAUGAGGACACCCUCAAUGCAGUCCCAGGAAGGGGUCUGAACGGCUGUUUAACGACACCCAACUCGCCAUCCAUGCACUCACGUUCCAUUAUGCUGGGUCCAUCUCUCUCACUGGGCAGCAUCUCAGGCAUGUCUGUGAAGUCGGAUAUGAAGAAGCGUCGGGCCCCGCCUCCUCCAAGUUCAGGGGCAGCUGUGCAAGACAAGGCAUCGGAAAAGGUGUCUCUGGGGUCACAGGUUGAUUUGCAGAAGAAGAAGCGGCGGGCACCAGCUCCCCCUCCACCACAGCCACCACCACCAAGCCCCCUGGUCCCCAGCCGCACUGAGGACAAGGAAGAGAACAGGAAGAGCACAGUGGGUGGCGGACGGCAGGUGCCACAAAAGCCUCCCAGAGGCACUGCUCGGGGACCACCCCAGUUAGUGCUCCCCCCGCCCCCGCCCUACCCUCCUCCCGAUACAGACGCGGCGGAGCCUCUCAGCUUUCCUGGGGAAGGCGCUGGUUCCGAGGCCUCAGACCUGAGACCCAAACUGAGCCUGCCCCUGAGGCCUGGCAGUCACUGUAGCCCAGAAGGAGCCCCGCAGGCCGCAUCAGAGGCCGAGGAGACGGUGUCUGUCGGCAGCUGUUUCGCGUCAGAAGACACAACUGAGGACUCGGGCGUGAUGAGCUCCCCCUCAGAUAUCAUCUCUCUGGACUCACAACACGACAGCAUGAAAUCCAAAGAUAAGUGGGCCACAGACCAGGAAGACUGCAGUGACCAGGACCUAGCUGGAACCCCGGAACUGGGUCCUCAAAAGAGCCCCUCGUGGGAAAGGAAUGCCUCUGGGAACUUGCAUCUGAGAACUGAAAAAGUUGCCACAGCCUCCAGUGAUGAUGAAGACCUAUUCAUCACCGGACAGUUCCAUAAGACUCUUGCAGAACUUGACGAAGACCUAGAAGAGAUGGAGGAGAGCUAUGAAACAGACACCAGCUCCCUCACCAGCUCUGUCCAUGGUGUAUCCAACCACUGCACUCAAGACACUGUGAUCCCCAACAGUGACGCGGAUAAGAUCCCUGUGACAUUCAUUGGGGAAGUUUCCGAUGAUUCGGUUGACUUGGGGUUGUUUUCUAACAGAAACAACAAUGCGGGGUCUUCCGAUAUGGAGGGUGUUGCUGGCAGGAGCGCCCCCCUGACACCCUUUCAGACUGAGCACAGCCAGCACCGUGGAAGGAGGGAAGAAGGAUCUGCCACCCCACACAUUCUUCCCAGUGACCUCGGAAAGGGAUCCCCAUCAGCCUUAUCCGACACCUGUGGAAAUGGGAAUUCCAUUGAAGUGGCUCCCAAGGUGACUUCUGUAGCUUCAGAUCUUCACACAGAUGACAGAGACACAAAGGAGAGAGGUCAGGCGCAUGGCCGUGCUCAGGGUGAGAAGACACAGGCCCCAGAGAGAGUGACUUCCCAGCCAUGGAGGGAGAAGGAAGGAAGUGAUAACAAUGCUAUCUCAGCAGUGUCAUGGUGUCAACGAGGCCAAAACCCAGGGAGGAAUUACGGACUGAAGUGCGGCCUCACCACAUAUAAAAUCAUUCCUCCCAAAUCGGAGAUGAGAUGUUAUGACAGAGGUGUGUCCCUCUCCACAGGCGCCAUUAAGAUUGAUGAGCUAGGGAAUCUGGUGAGUCCUCAUGCCAAUGGCAGCAGGACCAUAGCCCUGUCAUCCUCUGUGCUUGAAGCAGAGACUCAACCCAUCGGGAAAGUCAAAGAGUUCUGGAGGUGCAACUCUAUGGGCAAACACACGGGCCAGCCCACAGAGGACUCAGCCAGCAGGGCUCCCUCCAUCUCCAUGCCCAUCAAGAUGCAGCAUUCAGAAAGCAGACUCCAAGCAGACCCCAAACCAACAUCGCCCCCACAGCAAUCUGCCCACCAGGAGGGUGGGAGUCACUCGGAAGAGAGGAGAAGCCAGCCGUCCGCAGCAGGUGCUUAUCACCUGAAGGCUCCAGCGGCCCACACCACGGAAGUCACGUUUCUCAAGCCUCAGAGGAGAACGUCCAGCCAGUAUGUGGCAUCUGCUAUUGCCAGGCGGAUAGGACCCCCGAAAGUCCACGCCGAUGUGGUGAGGUCGUGCGGUCAUGCUGAGAAGGGUGAUGGAAGCAGGGUGCCAGAGCUAACCGGAUACCCUCUUGCUGUGAAGGACAACACCACCCUCAGCCUGUACUCAGAGAUGCCAGGACGUAAGGACGUUGUACAGAGACCCUGCGUCACUCUUCCCAGCAGCCCUGGAGAAGAAUCGGCAGUGGGAGGCCACCCUAGGUGGGAGGUCAGUGGCCCCUACAGAAAGUUGUCUGCUCAGGCCUGUCCUGCUGGUGUCCACAAAAGUUCCUCUUUCCCACCAGCUCAGCCUUCCCAGAGGGCUCAUGUUUCUGCAGGGCAAGGCUGUGGUUUCAGUGGAAAGCAAAGCACAAGUCACCAGAAGGCCAGCUCAGCAUCUGACCCCAAGUGUACACUGGACAGUACAGAUGCACCCCCUCCACACUCAUCAGACACUGGGGCCUCCAGCAGGGCACUAGCAAAUGGCUCUGUGUGGGUCCCAGGCAGCCACGAGCCUCCUCGCUCUCUAGAAGCAUCUAGCACAAACAGCCACGUUCUCCUAGAAAAAGAGGAAAAGCCCAAUGUGUUCACUACAGAUGGAAGUCAAACAGAUAGUACUUGGCCACCCAGCAUUUUUGGGCCAAAGAAAAAAUUCAAACCUAUUGUCCAGAGGCCAGUCCCAAAAGACACAUCCCUACACAGUGCCCUGAUGGAAGCCAUCCACUCUGCAGGAGGAAAGGACAGGCUUCGCAAGAUUACAGAACACCCCUCAGAGGGAGGGCCAAAGAAGCCAUCCUACAUCGAGGCAGAGAGCGAGCGAUCCGCCCUGCUGGCCGCCAUCCGAGGGCACAGUGGUGCCUGCAGCCUGAGGAAGGUGUCGUCCUCUGCCUCUGAGGAGCUCCGAGGCUUCCGGGAUGCCGCGCUCUCUGCACCAGUCUUAGACAGUCCCGGGCAAGAAGACCUUGGCCUUCCACCUCCACCGGCUGUGCCACCCUCACCCCCUCCGGCCUCCAAGGCUCUCUCCACAUCAAGGACCGCUUCCAGGUUCAGUACUGGCACUCUCGGUAAUUCGGUGGACGCAAGACAAGCCUUGAUGGAUGCCAUCCGCUCCGGCAUGGGGGCCGCAAGAUUGAGAAAGAAAGAUUACCUCGUGGGACUGUGAGGAGGAUGGUGUCAGUGUAUGCACAUCUCAGCGUGCCCCAGGUGUAUGAGUCCGUGUGAUUGCACACGAGCUCAGGAGAUCUGAAGCGCUGCCCCUCGGCUUCUCAACAGACACUGAAUCACUGUGCUGCUUCCUUCACUGCAGGUGCCCUUGCUUGUGUGAAGGAACAGAGACCAGAGCAUGGCAGAAACCCACCUGCAAGAUGCCAUGAGCAUCAUCCGCGGAUUCCACGUGGCCAGGAACAUCGAGAUUUGGUGUCACCCUCUCGUUCACAGGCCAAAGCGCGUGCAGUUGACUCUCAGGGUGUUCUUGAAUAGUGGUUCGAAGGGAGGGGGAAAUGCUGACCUGCUGCGCGGCGUGUGUGCCAAGGAAAUGUGUUUUGCCUCUGAAUAUUUUAAGUUGCCAAUAAACUAUACUUGUUGGCAGGUGAAUGGGAAUCUACAUGCUGGAGCCCAACACUCGCACUUGGUAUUGAUGGGCAAAGUGAAAAGAAUCAUGUCUUAGACUGACUUUGGACCUUUGAGAUAUUUCUCAUAUGUAGAUGGCUAAAAUCAUCUACUGGUUUAAGAUCAUUGGGAUUCUGGGAAAAAAUACACAAAUCAAUGGAAAUAACCUGAAUGUUAUAAGCUUCAUCAUGCUAUGUGUUUUGGUGGUCAGAAAAAAGGGGUGGAGAAGCUUUUCAAAGGUGACUGUUGGGUAAUAAAACUACUGGAUUAUUUUUCCUCAAAUGUGAGGUUGACACCUCACAGAGGGUCUCCGACUAUGAUCUAACCUAAUAAACUUUUAAAAAUCAACCAUUCUCAGAAAAUAGUUGGGCACAGUUGGGUAGCCAGGGCAUUUCUGAGCCCUCCAGCGGUAGUGGGUGGCUGGUGAUGGCCGGUACCCCACAUGGGCGGCUCUUCCCCGGUGGGCUAUGAAGGGAAGCAGGCCUCCCCCUGGGGCCUGUGUCCAGAGCCUGUCAACCUCCCUGGGAGUCUUCUGAGAUCCUUCAGAGGGCCAAGGAACAGGGAGGUUGGGUGCCUACCUGUCACAGAGAUCGGGUCAGGGUUGUGUCUAGCACUUCACAACUCUGGUUCAGUCUUGAUGUUUUUGCCUGACGAUGCAUUGGCUUCUUUUGUAUUAUACGACUGUGUUCUUGUAGCACACGGUGCCUGGGCACCCGUAUUUAUAAUGAAGUUUAACUACAGCCGUAGUUUUUCAUAUACGUCUCUAAAAAAAUUUUGUUAUAUUGAAAAAAAAAAACUGAAAGAGGGUACUAGAAAUCAAGAGGAGUUUAUGAAGUAAAUGUUCUUAGUGAAAAAAAAAUAUGGUAAGAUCAUGUCAAUGUUUCACAGCUACUUCGGAUCCAGGCAUCACGUAGAAUGGAAACUUGGUGCUGUGUUUUCCGAUUAACGUUCCCAGACUCCCUUGGGGGAGCAAGAGCUACCAGCCAAUUGCUCUUCAUCACAGGUGUCUACUCUCAUGUCUUUUAGUGCCACAAAUAAAAGGAAAACGGACCAUA